AUGCCAUUUAUAAUGCCCUUAAGGAUUACAUUCAGAGUUACGAGUGGGCAGCUUGAGAUACUAUUGUCCAAGCUGGAAGCUAGUCCACAUUUGUACACCAGAAAAUUUAGUGGCCUGCAGGGCAAGGAAAUUUUUGAAAAGGGCUGGAGGGAAGUUGCCGACGAGCUCAACCAGCUUCCCAACGGAUCCGUCAAGACGCCUGAGCAGUGGAUAACAGUAUGGAGAGACUUCAGAAGCCAGGCCUGCACUAAAGCGGCAAAAUUAAGACGAGAAAGGAUGCGGACCGGCAACCAAGGCAUCACCACUGCUCCACUGACUGAGGUGGAAAAAAAAAUUGUGUCGCUGAUAGGUGUUGAAUACACAUUUGGCAGCGACUGCCCUGACUCUAUGCCAGAGGAAGAAACAUUACAACAUGAGGUGGAAGCUGGGGUGGAAAUGGUAGAAGUCUUACUUGAGACUGAGAGAGAUAAAGCAUCGCCAGCACCACAAAUUAUAGCAAGUGGCAGCAGAGCCACACCUGUUGCUUCACCAGCACCUAAUCAGCAACAGGUGCAAGAAAUAACUCUGCAGUCAGCAGCACCACAAAUAACAGAGAGAGGCAGCAGAGCAGCAGCUGUCAUUACAACACCACCCACUGUACAACAGGAGAGGCCCAGAAGGAUAAGGACUAAGCUUGAAUUUCAAUUAAGAAUUCAAACUGAACCGAAACGUAAUUUUUAUUAUCUAUGGCCAACGUCAUGUGUCAUUAUAACCUCACUUUUCUCCGGUGCGUACGCGACGUCGUUCUUAGUGAAUUUAUUGCAGCUUUGUUGGUGGAAAUUAAAUAGAAAAGAAUGCUUCCUUCACGCUUUUAUGGCACUGCUAACUGCAUUAAACCUAUUCCUGGUGAUGGCUCUCUUAGCAACGAUGAUUCACUAUCUGAUUCCGAUGACGAUGUUCCGCUUUCGCGCUUGCGCAACCAAACACGUAAAAAAACCUAUAAUUAUUCUACCAUCCGAUUCCGAUACUUCCGAUGACGAAAUAGUUGAUCCUAGACCUAAAAAUUUGAAACAGAAGCGAGCAGUUAAGGAAAAAAUUAUCUGGACUGAAGGAAAAAUGCCAGCGUAUGAUGAAAAUAAUUUCAAUUUUAGUGAAGAUUUGAUAACAUUUAUUACGGAACAGUCAAAUCUGAAAUCUACUCAGGUCAAUGUUAACAAGCCAGCAAAUAUCACAACUACUGAGAUUGAGCAAUUUAUAGGUAUUGUCAUCUUCACCUCAUUAGUUCACCUGCCAUCUACACGGAUGUAUUGGUCCAACAACAUUGGUCAGCAUCAAGUCAAUUCAAUAAUGACAUGUAAUAAGUUUGAAAUGAUAAAACGUCAUCUUCAUUUCAAUAAUAAUGAAGAUUUCAAACCACCCGGUACACAAAGUCACGAUAAACUGUUUAAAAUUCGACCUCUCAUAGAAAAAUUAAGAGAGCGGUUACUUUUGAUAUCCAAAGAAGAAUAUCUGGCCGUAGAUGAGCAAAUUAUACCCACGAAAGCUCGCCACCAACUCAAACAGUACAAUCCAGCCAAACCUCAUAAGUGGGGGUACAAAAAUCAAGUGUUGAGUGGCGUAUCAGGGUUCAGUUACGACUUCGAUAUUUUUGCUGGCGAUCAAAGCAACAUUUUUCCAAGUGAUGCACCAGAUCUUGGUGUCAGCUCCAACGUUGUUACACGACUCACAUCUACUGUGCCUCGAAAUGUAAACCACAAAAUAUUUUUCGAUAACUGGUUCAAUAGUAUAAAAUUGCAAGUUUACCUGUAUAAAAAUGGAUUGCUGCCAUUGGGAACCAUUAGGAUGAACAGAGUACCUAACGCUGAUAUGCCUACAGAAAAGGACCUGAAGAAAAUAGGUCGUGGUACUAUGGUUGAGAAAAUCGCCAUCGUCGAUGACGUAAAACUAAGCCUGGUAUCAUGGUAUGACAAUAAAGUGGUCAAUUUACUGUCUGCGUUUGUUGGUAGUGAACCGACUUCUACUAAGACUAGAUAUUUCAGAAAAGAUAAACAGUACAAGGACAUAACAUCGCCACAAUGCGUUGAUGUGUAUAACCGACACAUGGGAGGCAUUGAUUUGCUUGACUCUUUGUUAGGUCUGUAUAGGAUCAAAAUAAGAUCUCGUCAGUGGUAUAAAAAAAUAUUUUUCCACUUGGUUGAUAUGUGUGCAGUUAAUGCUUGGUUACUGUGGCGACCCAAGACUGACCAAUACAUGUCACUAUUUGACUUCAAGCUAGCCAUUUCUGAACAUUAUUGCAAGGCUGGCAAAAGUAUCUCAAGAAAAAGAGGCCGUCCUAGUAUCAGUAAUCCCGGUACACCUACCUUGUCAAGAGGAAAUACUCCUACGUCAUUUAGAACGGAUCUGAAUCCUCUCCGAUCUACUGCCGAGCAAGCGAAUAUAGCUCGGGAGGAUUUCCUGGCAGUUGCAAAAUCUAAUGCAGAUUCAAUGAGGGUAUGUUAUCCCUUAAUGGGUUGUGAGUGA